AUCAAUGACAUGUAGUGUUGUUCAAACUUCUUUUAAGGUAAAAUACAUUUCAAGACCUUGAAAGAUGCUGGUGCUGAUACUGAUAACGGUGGUGGAGGUAGUGCUGGUCGCGGCCGGGCAGCCCACUGUGGAGGUGACGCUGAAGAAGGGUGUUAUUACGGGAUCGCGGGAGCAUGCCCUAAACGGCUACGAGUACUAUAGCUUCAGUACCAUUCCCUAUGCCAGGCCACCCGUUGGGCCCCUUCGCUUCAAGGAUCCCGAGCCGGCCCCCGCAUGGAGCGGCGUCAGGAACGGCUCACUACCCUUUCCGAAGUGUCCACAGUCUUCCAUCCUCCUUAUGACUAACUACCUUUUCACGGGACAAGAAGACUGCCUCUACCUCAACGUCUAUACACCAAGGCCGUACAAGUCCAAUCUGCCCGUCAUGGUGUUUAUUCAUGGCGGGGCUUAUAUGGUUGGAUCAGCCAUGGGGUCGUACCCGCCAAUGCUGCCAGCGCCUCUGGUACAGAAAGACGUGGUGGUGGUCGCCAUGAACUAUCGCAUAGGCGCCCUCGGCUUCCUCUCAACGGGGGACAGUGUUUUGCCAGGAAAUCUUGGUCUCAAGGACCAGACUCUGGCCCUGCAGUGGAUUCAAGACAACAUUAUGGACUUAGGCGGCGAUCCCAACCGGGUCACCAUCUUCGGGAUCAGCGCAGGCGGGGUCUCAUCGCACCUGCACAUCCUCUCCCCGAGCUCAGCGGGGCUGUUCCAAAGAGCCAUCCUGCAGUCAGGCACGGCACUACUGGCACCCACUUACGUUCCCGCUCGGAAGGGCGCCAUCAGCAUCAGCAAGGCACUCAAUUGUACCGGCGAGAAGAGCCAGCAACUCCUGGCGUGUUUCAUGAAUGCAUCUGUUGAGAACUUGGUGAAUGCCCAAAGCAGCUUAACUGAAUGGUUCGAUCUUCCUAUGACUGUGGGUGUUCAAGUGGACGGAACCUUCUUGCCUGAACACCCGGCCGUCCUACUCAGGUCUGGGCGGUACAACAAGGUGGAUGUGAUUAUCGGAUGGACGAAGGACGACGGUACCGUCAUUACAGCAGGCAUGUUCAGCGAAAAAGGCGAAAAAAGCUUGCGAGAUGUAAACGAAAACUUCCAAAAGGUAGGGCCAAUUUUAUUCUCACUCAUGGAGGAGGAGCAUCCCGUCUAUCUGGCUCAACGCAUAAGGUUUCAUUACAUGGAGGCCGCCAACGUGACGCUGGACAACGAGCCUGUAUUCACGAGUCUUGUGGGAGACGCUGGAUUUGUGAUGCCCGGAGUACAAUCAGCUGAGUUUCACGCCAAAAUACCACACAUCAAAACUUUCAUAUACAAGCUUGAACACUGCAGUGAGAACUCCUUGGCUUCCAUCUUGGCACAAACUUCAAUCCGGAGAAAAAUUGCGGGACAUGGUGAUGAUGUCCAAUACCUAUUCCAAAGCCCACCACCCCUUGGCCCUCUCAGCCGUCCACAGGAUGUCCAAGUACAGGACAUCAUCACCACCCUCUGGACCAACUUUGCUUACACGGGGAAUCCAACUGUGAACGGUACGCUGGGCUUCAGAUGGACUCCUGUCACUCCCGAACAGCCUCUCCGUUACCUCUCCAUCACUACCACACCCACCAUGCAAUCUGUGGAUAAACGCAUCCAAGACUUUUGGAAUUCCGUGCCGACCAAAACCACCAAACUGCUCUAUCCUGAGCGUUUCUUUCAAUGCGAGGAAGGAUACGGGACAUCGCAGCCCUUUGGCCCGAGCUGCACAACAGUCUGAACACACUGACUGGCGAGACUCACAUUUUAGUAACCUAAGAAACUAGUAAUAUCGAGAGAGAGAAAGAGAAAGAGAAAGAGAGAGAGAGAGAGAGAGAGAGAGAGAGAGAGAGAGAGAGAGAGAGAGAGAGAGAGAGAGAGAGAACAUCUGAACAUUUGAACAUAUAUUAAUAACUAACA